CUCUUAUUAAACAGCUGUUUAACGUCAGUCAUUAUAAUCUGUUAAUGUCAUUAUUGUUCUUAUAUUAGUUUAUUGGCUGCAGCCACUUAGCCAAUUUAUGUUAGAUAAAGGUAUAAGUUAAGUUUGUUUCGAAAUUGAAAAAAUUGUGAAAGGCAUAUUAUGAAAUUUACAACUUAUGGUAACGUUUUCCGAUAAAAUUCGUCUCAAUGUAAAUGUGAUACAUAUGUUUAAAGUGUGAAUCCCCUAAAAUGUCUUAUUUAAGAGGAUCAGCAAAUUAUGUUUGGUCUACCACAAGCAUUCUUGGAAAGGGGGCAACUGCCACAGUUCAUCAGGGUGUAAAUAAAGUUAACGGUGAACCAGUAGCUGUUAAAACAUUUAAUCACAUCAGUACUCUUCGACCACAGGAAAUACAACUUAGAGAAUUUGAAGUUUUACAAAAAGUGAAUCAUGAAAAUAUAGUGAAACUUCUUGCGAUAGAAGAAGAACAAGAAAAUAGGGGUAAAGUUAUAGUCAUGGAAUUGUGUACAGGUGGAAGCCUUUUCAACAUCUUAGACGAUCCUGAAAAUACAUAUGGACUAGAAGAGUCGGAAUUCUUAUUGGUUCUGGAACAUCUUUACAAAGGAAUGAAACAUUUGAGGGAUAAUAGUUUGAUUCAUAGAGAUUUAAAACCAGGAAAUAUAAUGAAGUUCAUCCGCGACGACGGAACCACAGUCUACAAAUUAACGGAUUUCGGAGCUGCCAGAGAGCUUCAAGAAGGCCAGCAUUUUCAGUCCCUAUACGGUACAGAAGAAUACUUACAUCCAGAUAUGUACGAAAGAGCUGUACUAAGAAAACCUGCCAAUAAAACUUUCGGUGCUACAAUAGACCUAUGGUCGAUAGGAGUAACUUUAUAUCACGUCGCUACUGGAAAUCUACCCUUUAGACCGUAUGGUGGGCGCAGAAAUAAGGAAACCAUGCAUCAAAUAACCACGAAAAAAGAAAGCGGAGUCAUAUCGGGAAUACAACACAGAGAAAAUGGACCGAUAGAUUGGAAAAGGGAAUUACCAGCUAAUUGUCAGUUAAGUUACGGACUUAAAAAAAUAAUAACUCCUCUAUUAGCCGGUUUAUUGGAAGCAGAUCCGAGAAAAAUUUGGUCUUUCGAUCAAUUUUUCAAUGAAGUGGAUGUCGUUUUGUCACGGAAAGUUUUCAAUAUAUUCCACAUUAACAAAGCUCAAUUAAUUAAAAUCUAUAUAUUGCCGAACGAAACUUACGAACAAGUACAAAAUUACAUAACAGAACAAACGAACAUUAAAGAUACGAGUCAAAUUUUAAUCUAUCAAAAUAAUUUGUUGAGAAAUCUCGUCGACGACGACACGAUGGCGACGGGUUAUCCAGUAACAACAAAAGAAGAUCCUUUCUUUCUAUUCAACACCGAAAAUAAUAACGUCACGGUCGUUCCUGAUGUUGAAUUGUUACAUUUUAAUGACUUUUCCAGUGUUAUGUCCGUGGAAAACGACGCCGCUCAAGCAAAGUUCGCUUGUAGCAUAGGACAUCAAUGUAAAAGAUACGUCGAGAAGUAUUCCUUAUACAGUAAACUCAUACGCGAUACCGUAGAGCAUUUUACAAAAUACAUAUUAUUAGAAUUGAAAGAAUUGAAUCAAAACGCUCAACAUUUAUUGGAUAAAACGUUCACGUUGAAAAAAACAUCGGAAAUUUUGCAAUUAUCACAACAAUUAAGCGGUUAUAAUAAGAGUAAUAAUAAUUUUUCCGAAAAAUUGGAUAACGUUAGUAGAGAUUUCAUUUCUUCCACAGCUGGCGGUGUUACGAAUUUACACAAAACACACUGUAUAGACAAUACUUUGAAGUUGCAAUGGGAUAGUAUGAGCAGAAGUUUGAAUUGUCCUUAUAAGACUUUAGCGCCGGCUCGAGCUAAGACGCAAGUUGAACACUUGAGGGAUUCCUGGCAACAUUUAGUAAGAGAUCGUGCUACGCGUACUCUAAGUUACAACGACGAACAAUUCCAUAUUUUAGAACGUAUAAAAAUCACUCAGACGCUCGGUAGAUUAAAAAGCCUCUACGAAAAAGAAGUUUUUCCGCAAUAUGAAAUACUGGCCGAAAAUUUCGGAGACUGGUAUAAAAUAGCGCAGAAUAUUCUAUUGAAAGCAGAAAUUUUUAUCUCGGAUACUAAAAAAUACGAAAGAAAAUUAAGAUCUUUCGAAGAAAAUAUCGCUAUAGAAAUAUCAGAGUAUAAUGAUUACGUUAAGAAUAAUAAUAAGAACAAUGUCGUUCCUAAAAAAACUAGUAAUUUGCAAAGUCAACAAAUUAAAAAGCAUUUCGCCAAAUACCAUAUUGAAAGUGAAAGUUUAAAAGAUAUUUUAAAGGAAAAUACUAAACUUUUGAAUAAAUUGAGCGAAUCUACAUUGGACUUAGGAAACAAGCUUAAUAUUAACGAAACAUCAAAUGAUGACUGAAUUUAUUUUAUAUUUUAAAUCAUUAUUUGUUUUUCUUUUUUAUUUAAACAUACAUAAUCCGGCAUCAACUCCUAAGAGUUAUUAGCAGGGGAGACAUUUACAACAUAGUAGUAUAAUUUAUAAUAAUUUUAUUUAAUUUCGUAUUUCUUAGAACUUUUGAUAUGUUUAUGUUUUUAAAUGCUCUUGAUUUUAGGUCUCUUCUGUUUUAAAAUUAAUUUUUUUAAUAAUUUUUGAAAUAUUGAUAAAAUUUGACGUUUCGACUUUUCCUUUAAGCCUUUAUCAAAAUAUGAUAUUGACACUGACAAUUUGCUUAUUUAUAAUGAUUUCUAGAUCACCUUCAUCAUGAAUAUCAAAAUAAGGAUGAAAUUAACCUAAAACUUUGUUCUAAUAAGAAAAAUUAAUUUUUCUCCAACCAUAAAAAAAUGUUGACAUUUUUGUACUAUUUUCAGGUGCAAAAGCCAUCAAUUCCCUUACCGUACAAAAAUUUGCUCAUUGCUUAGCAACACUUUUAAUCCUAGGAUUAAAAGUAAUUGCAUUUGGGCUCUCUAAUUGAAAUUUGAAGAAAAAAACAUUGUCUCUUACAAACUUAGUAAAACAAACUAAUUGGGCAACUAUAUGUAUAGGUACAAUUGGAACAAUUAUUGCCAAAAUUCAAAGCACCACUGAAAUUAUCACUAACAAUUUUCGAACAAUUCAAAAGAUUUUCAUUAAUAUUGGAACAACUCAAAAUAUUCUCCGAAACUGUUGAUGAAACAUUCGAGGCAAUAUCUGAACAGGUACUUGUACCUUCUUUGUCAGGUUGCAAUAUUUUUCUGGCAGUAUUCCCUUUGUUGAUACGUGAUUCUUCAAUAUAUCCUUCUGCUACCGUAUUCGAUUUCCAACCUCCAUGUGUUUUAAGACAAGCGAGGUCACCACCACCAUCAAUAAGAAGUGUAGCAGAUGUUCUUCUUAGCGAAUAUCCAGUAUACUCCUUCCAAUUUUCUAACUUCAAAAAUUUUGCAAUUUCUUGGGGCACGGCACUAAUUUUGUGAAUACCAACAACUAUUCUUUGACACUUCGCAUUAACAUACUUCAAAAAUAAACGACGUUCCUGUAUAUUUGAUGGCCGAGAGGCAACAUAUUUUCGAAAUAAACGCAAAUAAUUAUCGCCUAUAAUGGUAAACAAACGAGGUUUCUUGUUUUUUGUCUGCAAAAUUUUUACGACCAUGACCGAGUCCAUAUCCUCAAUGUCAUCAAUUUUCAAAUGAACUAGUUCGUCACAACGCAUAUCUCCUCCAAUUCCUAAUACUAGAACAACCUUUAUCAUCAAAUAUAAAUUAUCAGGUGCCAUAUCCAGGAACCGAUCCACUUCCUCCUUUGUAAAAAUCCUAGACUUUUUAGGUAGAGGAAAGUCACCAAAUAUGGAAUACCAUUUUUUUGGGAUAUAAAAAAAACUUCAUAUUAAUUAAAUCAGUUUAAUGUUUUUACUAAUCAGUCAUACAUUUAUAUGUAGUAAUUAACAGCCUUUAAUCAAAUAUAUUAGUUAUCAAAUUAAAAUCUAACACAAUAAAUGAAAUUACAAAUGAGUAACCAAAUAUGAAAUAGGAAUGGAAUGGAAUAUAAGCAUAAAUCAACAAAACAAUAAAAAAAAUGGACAUUAAUAUCUUUGAGAUCAAUUAAAUGAAUAUAACAUAUUCUGAUAAAUAAAAGAAGUUACAUAAUUACUUGUAAAAGUCACAGAUCCAAGUAUCAAACUCUGGACCAGCACAAUCAUAAUGUGACCAGAGCCCACACAUCAAGCAUUUAAUCCAGCUUUCUCCACUUUUAUCCAUGGAAAAAAGUCUUGAACAGAACAUACAUUCUGCAUCAGCAGAGUCAGGAGGUACUUAGUCCAUCAACUCAUCAUGUCCACUACCUUCAUCAAACUGGAUAACGUCUAGUUCCUCGAGAGUUUUAUUCUUCACUACCAUCCUUAUUUUUCUUCGUUUGUUUGUUUCUCUUCGCAGUUUUCUUCUUAUUCUUUGUCUUGACUAAUUUACUUUCUUUUUCUUGUCUCUUCAUAUUUUUAUUUUUGUAAGGAGAUGUUAUGACUGCUGCUACAGCAGCUUUUCUUCCUCUGCUAGAUACUUUUCUUCGUUUCUCUGGUAUUGGACUUAUGGCAUACGGAGACACCAGAUCCAAACUGCUGCGAUUAAGCCCAGAAGUCGAAGGUGCAGGUUCAGGUUGUAAAUUAGCAGUUCUUUGUGGUGCAGGUAUUUCUACCAGAACUUGACCGGUUUCAGAUCUUGAUUACAGCGGAGGGAUAUUGGUUGUACAACCGUCUAUUACAGCAUUUCGUUGCGCAGCAAUAAGGUCCACAUCACUGAAGACAUUUUUAUUAAAAAAAAAAAAAUUUUGCCUGUUUGUACUUUCAAAUAGGGUUUGUGUGAUGAUUUGUGGUAUCUUACUUUGUACUAUUGUGAGGCCUGAUUCAUCCACGUUGUAAAUACGAUUUGGUGGACAGUUAUUUUCUGUGUAAAGCUCUUCAAGAGGUUGAAAAAGGCUUCCACUUUUUCUUUAUCAAAUCCAAAUGCUCUGGCAAAUGAUGUACCAGUUGGUCUUCUUAUCGAAAGUUUAUCUUUAUGACGAUUUAAAAAUAACUUUAACCACUUUUUCCAGCCACUCCUGAUUCACCGAAGGGAUUCUGCAAAUUGUUUCGCUUUGCUAGCAUGAACGCCAUACGGCGAAGAUCAGUUCUUGUUCAACCGUGAAACUUGCUCUCCAUUAUUAGUAUGUAUUCUACUAGCUGACGUUCAAGUUUGGAACCCAAGACAGUUUUUCGUCCUAAUGUAAUAGCUGCUGCCACUUCUGGAGACUGUUCAUUUUUUUGGCAGAGACGAAAUAAAGUUGUCCUAAGCACUUGAAAAUGCCGUGCUGCUUUUAAAUGUGUGAGUGCGAUAGUUAGUAGACCGAAUGAAACAAAAGAUGUCUUAGAGUCUUAGAGAAAUGAAGGUAUUCCAUAUUAGGAUACUAUUUCAUAUUUGGUGACUUUCCUCUAUAUAUCUAUCACUUUGCCUUUUUAACAAUGCUCGUAAUUUUGAAUAUUAAUAUUAAUUGAAUUGAAUAUUUAUACUCUUCGCAUAGUUUUGCACAUUUUUUUCUUUACACCAAUCCAUGAAUCGCUAAUAUGCAAGUUCAUAAACUUGGCGAGAUUUGGGUGGCAAAAGAUUUAUAUAUAUAUACUGCUUCGGCACUUCCCAAUAUAUCCGUAGGUAUAUUUUCAUCGUGUUCGGGAUUCAUUUUGAAAGCAGCGUAAAAACUACCUCAAAAAUUAUAUGAUUAGUACGUCUACUGACAAAUAUUGCUACUCCGCCGCCAGAAAAAGCUGUGUCCGGUUUUUUCUUUGAUAAGUCGUAUAACACACACACACACACUUGCGCGUGAGAAAAACCCGUCCCUCUAAACAUCCACCCCCUGAUAAAUCCACAAGUGGGCGCGAAGGGCAUUCCACCAACCCCUGUCAUUUCGACAGGUCCUCAUCCUCUUUCGCGUCGCAAUUUCGCGCGUAGACUCCUUCCUCUCCCCUGAGUUCUAUGGGAGAUUCUGGGAUGUCUAUCUUUUUGUUAAGAGAUUAGCCUGUUGGCUAUACACUCUUGGCUUCUUGUUCUGGGCGUCUUAAUGUGUGUGUGUGUUUCGCUGCUUCCAACCUUCUUCGGCAAGAAAAGAUCUAAUCCGAGUGGUCCUUCGCCUUCUCUAUAGCUGUCCCUGAUGUAUAACUCUACACUUGCUUAUGAAAUGCGGAGUUACCGUGUCGGGGGGUGUCCUCUUGUGGGUUGUUUCGGUGAAACCUAGAAUCUUGUAAAAUGUAUAUUUUUUUGUUUUUGAAAAGUUUUUACUAACCUAACUUAACCUAAUGAUCCUGGUCCACCGUUUUACUUUACCUGUUGGGCGAUGAGUGUCUGCAUGUUCUGCAUCACACUCAGUAGCUCUAGCGUUCCUUCUCCUGUCUUUUUCUUAGCAGCUAGUGCGUAGUUGCGUCCAGUUUAUGUGGUGCUCGUUGCUGGUCUUCUUUGGGUGUUUCGGGCACCUCUUGUAGUUUGCGGGGUGUUCUCCUAUUCUCGCAAUUCCUACAGUUUGGUUUUUCCGUCCUGUUAAGUGUGCAUUCCGCCGCUCUGUGCGCUCACGCAGUGCACGUCCAUGUUGCACGUGCUUUGCCCGUGGUGAAAUCCCUGACAUCUGUAACAUUGUAAAGAUCCGUCGUGCCUUUUUUAUUCUACCACACUUAUUUUUGUGUGGCAUAGGUAUCUUAGCUUCUUAUAUGUUUGUUCCUCUGCGGGUUUGAUUACUACUAUGUAUAUAGGUAGUAAUUUUCGGGUGUUAUCCUCGUUUCUUUGUGUACGACUUGUCAGCUGCCAUAUUUUUUUUGGUCUCAAUCCAUUUUCCCUCAGUUCAUCCUCUACUUCUGACGUGGGGGUAUUAACAGCCAGUCCUUUUAUGACAAGCUUCCUCUCUUUUUCUUCGUUGAGUAGGUACGUAUACAACUCAAUCUUCAUUCUGUUGAAGUCUUCUUUAGUAUUAUCGGAGGUGGCCUUCUCUCCGGUAUUGUCUGUUUUCUUUGCUCUUCUUUUCUUAUCUUUUCUAAUUCUUCCUGGACUUGUUUGUCCGUUGAUAUGUCUUCUUCCUCUGAAGAUUGUCUCUCUGGUUUCUUUCUUUUUUUCUUAUUUUUCACUUCUAUAUAUUCUCCUUUCAUGGGGCAGUCUUCAUUUUGUAUUCCUUCGUUCACUUUGUUUGGAGUUUUCGUCUUAUCUACUUCUUCUGUAGUUGGAUUUCUUUCUAUCUCUUGUGUUUUUCUUUCCAAUGAUUCGUUUUUGGCUUUCAGUUCUUGAUUUAAGUCCUUUAAGCCUUAAUAUGCUUAUUAUUAUUGAUAAUCGUCUCUUUAAGGUUUUUAAUCGCCUCUUCAAGAGAUUUAAUUUGUUGUCCCAUCAUCUUCGUCAACAAUUUAUAUUCAGCUUAUUGUUUAGUUUUCAUUUUUGACAACUCAAUUUCCAUUUCUUGUCUCUUUUUCUCUUCUUCUAGUCGUCUUGUUGAGGUAUCUUGGCUUUUUCUCAGUUUUUCGACAGACGAUCCUCUGUCAUGGGGAUUCUCCCUAUUUUUGGAGUUUUCAGGCUCCAUGCCUGUUACUCUCUUUUUUGGUUUCCCUAUUUUGCUGGAGUACCUAGAAAUUACAUAAAAAUAAAAUGUUAAGUCGUACGACUGCUUCGAAAACGGAUAAAUUCCGCACAAUCAAAUUUGUGUUAUCAAACACAAUUCUUUCAUUAUAAAUAAAAGGCUGUGUCAAAGCACAGCUAUCUGCAAAAAAAGAAAGUUUUAUCAGGGUCUCACCUGACUACCUGUAGUCUCGGAGUCAACCUUAGAAGUCGUAUAAUCUUUUAAGCAAACGUUUGUAUUAUUUGGGUUUCUUGAAGGCAAAGUAUUUGGGGGAAUAAUUCAUUUAGUAGGAGUAGUUUUAUUUGUUUGUGAUGGCACCAAAACCGUUUAAAUUCUAUUGAAGAAUAAAAGGAUCCAUCACAGAUGUAUAUAUAAGUUAAUUUAUUCCAAAUUUAAUGUUGAUAUAAUGUGUCACUUAAAUCUGUAGUUGAGAUAUUGGUUGUAGAUAAUUUCUUCUUAACUCUUGUGAUAUUAUAUUUUAAGGUUUUAUUUUGUUUUUAUAGAUAAAAUUAAAAAUUUCGAGAAAUUCAGAUGGUUCGUUUGUAUAAUCUGGUGCGAUUAUUUUAGAAUCUAAUAGUGUAGAAAUCUGAUCUUUAAUUGUCUUUAGUAAGGUGGGCAGAUAUUCACUAGUUGACUUAUAAGUUUUUUUUGAUUUGAGUGUCUCAGUGGGUUGAGCGAAAGUGAUAGAAGGGCUAUCUCAACAUUCAAGUGAUGUUGAAAUUUCUCUUUUUGUAGUGAUAGUGGUGUUAGUACUUCCAUUUAGUGUAUUCCGUGUUAAUGUGGGCUUGCUCAAUUUGACAUUUGACGAGAUCGUUGUUGUGGGUGUUUGAGGUGUGGUAGGAACUCUUGGGGAUAUUUUUGAUGAUUGAAGCUGAAUAUUCUCUGUUGUCGUUUCUGGCGUGGCUUCUGUUUUCUGCGUUCUCUUCUUCUGUGGUGGUACGUAUGUCUCUUUGUUUUAAACAGGCGGAUUCUUCGUGACCUAUGGAUUUGCAUGUGGAGCAAUUUAAUCCAUCGAUUGAAAGAAGUAAUCACUAGGUGGUGUUACCGUUUGUUAUCACAAAAGAUUCUGGAAUAGAUUUGUCUUCGAAAGCUUUAUACGUAGCUAUAAUCUGCUUCAGGAAUUCCUGGAAUACAUGGCUUUCGAAGUCUUCCUUUAUCUCUGUGGACUUCUAAGGGCACUUCCACGGCAAUUGUGGUCUCUUGAUUGGGAAUCUCAUAAAUUCCCACCCACUUUGUAAAAUAAUACAUUACGACUAGGAUGUAUUUACCACCACUGUCUGUCGUCGGGAAUGGUCCAGCGAUAUCUAACGCCAUCCUCUCGAAGAGACUUCCAAUAUUAUAUUGUUUCAUGGGUGCCUUUCUCUUGCGAUGUGGUCCAUUGCUCGUAGCACAAGUAGUACAUUUCUUAAACUAGUCCUUCACACCUUUCACGGAGUUGCUGAAGGAUUUUCUUCACUUCCAGAUGAUUUCCCGAUGGACUGUCGUGUAAUUUCUUCAGUACCUCGGCUACUCUCCUUGGAAUGACUAGCUGUCUUCUCUUCCGAAACUUUAAUUCGUCUACAUGCCGUAGGGCGGGAAAGUUCAUAUGCUGCACUAGCAGCCGGUUCAACAGGAUGUUCUCCUAAAAAAUAAAUUAAUGCAACAUCUAGUGCGGCAUUUGAAAUUUUCCUUUUUCCAGAUCUAACCUUUCGGUGCAAGGUCCCGUCUUGGUCCCAUCGCUUCUUCACUCUGGCUAUAGUACUCGCUUUAAGACCUAGCUGAGUUGCCAGUCUUCUAAUAGACUAGCCAUCUUCAAAUUUGGCAAUAAUGACAGCUUUCUGAAUUUCAGUUAGCUGAGGAGGCAUUAAGUACAGUUUUACUUCAACUGAACCCAAAUUAAUUAUUGAAUUAUCUGAGAGUGACAUUAGGUAGGAAAUGUAUGCUUUUUCAUUGAAUCGAAGUAUUUUGAUGAAAUGGACAGGCAAAGUAAACGAAUUUUCUUAGAAAUUUCAGCUGUCUCCCUUUGCUAUGCCUUUCGCCUUAAAGUGGCAUUUGACUCGUCAAAAGACCGACCAUUGCGAAAAAAAAAUGUUUACUGAAAAAGGAAUGACGAAAAGCAAAAAAAAAAUUAGUUCAAAAUAAAAAAAUGCAUUUUUUUCUUAUACUUGGAAUACCAAAACCCUUGAAAAAAACUGCUUUUAUAGAAGGAAAAUUUCGUACAAAAAUGAUCUCCGGCCCUUGUUGUAUACAUUGUAUAGCGGGAUUGCAGAAGUGCGGGAUAACAAACUAAUAACUUUGUUGGAAAUUAUCGUAGAGACAAACAUCAAAGAACUUUGUUUCUUAAGAUCUCCACCAAACCAUUUUCUGAAAAUGUAGAAAAGACAUAUUUCAUACAUUUUGGUCUUGUAAUCGGGGAACAAGGCAAAUAGUGGGUUCCUCAUGUGAGGAAGUAGCCCGUCAAUUGUAUAGUGAAUGCAAGGGAAAAGAAGAAGUAUGCUUCAUGCAAUUUCGUUGGUAUAGUGAGGACCCACCAACAAUGUUGAUGAUUGGCUAUUUUUUCUGACAAAUUUUGAAGGUUAUUCCAAAAUCGAAAAGAGGAUGGCGGUGGGCAAAGAAAACAAAGUUCAAUAACCUUAUUGAAAAUAAGUACAAAGUACAUUGUGUUUCUCAAGACCUCCAGUUUAUUUUCCAAUCAAAGUUUUUUUAAACAUUUCCGUAGAACUAGUUUUUUACUUACUUAUGUAUAUCUACCCUUACGGGCGUAAUCUAAUCAAAUCAAGAGAUAUUCAUUAAUAUCUAUAUGUUAAAGUUAUAAAAUCAUAGACUGCGAAAGUUAUAAGCUACCACUUUUAUAAGAUAUUUAUAUUAAAAUAUUGUAAGCAAAAAAAUUGAAAAAAAAACUGAUAAUCUUAUAUAUUUAUUUUAUUGUAUAUAAUAGAGGAUCAAAUUUUAAUAAAGCUUUUUACUAAUUACAAAUAAUUCGGUAAUAUGGGUGUCUACAAUGCACCACAAUAACAAACCUGAAAUGAUUUGUUACUACAAUUAAACGCAAGUAGGGGUGGACUUGCUAGAAAUGAAAUGGGCGAUAUAUUCGUCCAGUCGAACCAGAAGAUGGCCCCUCGCAAUAUUCUAUCAAAUGUUAGAUAUUAGUUGCAUCAACUCCUUCAUCUUGUACCUUUCAUUUCGAGGUAAUCCUCUUGUGACCUAACAAUGAAGCUCAUAAAGCCACAUACGACCAGAUGGUUGGAAAUACCAAACCUACCACGUGACAUCAGAAUUACCAUACAAGCUUAUAUUGGAAAGGAAGAUCCUCAAAACCCAGGUUGCUGCAUCCCAAGUGACAGAAAAAAGGAAAACUUGCUCCAAUUGUCCAACAUCAAAGGAGAGGAAGACAAAUUAUAAAUGCAUGAAAUGUGAACAAUCAAUAUGCCUGGAAUGCAGCAGGAAAGUGUGGACAACUUGUGCUACAAAGAUUUGUAUUUCGGACUAACAAAAUCUUUGUUCGGUUGAUACCAAUGUUAAAACACAUUUGACUGUCGGUUAUUCUGUAAUAAAAAUUGUUUUGAAAAAAAAAAAAAAAUAAAAUAAACAAGUGAUUUACAAAUAUAUAAGAUCUGUUUUCUAUUCCCAUGUAUACAAAUUAUUUAUAAAACUAUACAAAAACAUAAAAUUUAAGGACUGUGGUUCCAAAUUGCAUAUAAUAAACCAUAAUUUGAAAUAAAUCUUGGUAUUCAAGUAAAUAUCUGACCUAAGUAAUGGAAAAUACUGCUGGUCUCAGAGACCGGAUGAUACUGUUAGUGAUUGAAAAUUCAUGAUACGGUUAAAUAUGAGAAUGGGAAAACAUUUAGAAGAAACAGGAAGUUUGUUAACAAAACAAAUUUACAUGUGAAAAUUUCAAAUGAUUUAUAUGAUGAUUUAUUAUAUGAAAUAACUGAUUUUGCUUUUGAAACUUCUGCAAACGUUGAUAACAUUGUAAAUGAUGUUGACAAUCUUGUUGAAAUACUUUCCGAGACAAAUUCUUCUAAUGAUUAUCUAAGUAGUUCUGAGUUUGAACAAUCUGUAAUUGCAAACUUGCCACAAAAUAAAAUUUUGUCAAAUAAAAAUUCAAAUGAAUCUGAUUUUUGAGUGAUAGUUUAGAUAUACAGGGUGCGGCAGCAUAACUUCCUUUUUUAAAAAGUUCGCCAUUUAGUCGGUAGAUGUCGUAACGGAGUGCUAGUGGUCUCGUUCGAGAGGGGGGACUAUAAAGUUUUGUCCCGGCACAGUUCAGUCGCCAUCAUGCGUUGGAACAGUGAGGAGCGUGCGUUUGCCGUUGAGGUUUACUUUUCGAGCGGAUGUUCUGUGAUCGCAACCCAGCGCGCCUUUCGGAAUCGCUUUAAUUUAGCCCCCUUGGCCCCUGUCCCGGACCGGAAAUCAAUUGUUACGUGGGUCACUACGUUCAGACAAACUGCAAGUGUGACAAGACGAAGAACUGGAGUCCCUCGGCCCAUUAGAUCACCGGAGAACAUUGAGUUAGUUAGAACUUCAGUGUUGCGAUCACCACGGCGUUCUGCGCGCAAACAUGCG